GGAGAGAAUAAACUUUUUCCUCUAUCAUAAAAGAAAUAAUUAAUUUCACAAAUUAAAAAAAAAAAGUCGUAUAACUUACACUUUUUUUCAUUUAUAUAUAUGUACCUAUAUAUAUAUAUAUUUUUUUCUUGUUAUUAGUAUCUUUUGUGUAAACAAAGACAGAGUAGUAUGAUUUGUACAAAUGGCCUCCAGUGGGUUUUGAACUUUAAUUGGCGUGAAAACUUUUGAUUUAUUUGUUGUGAAAAUUAAAGAGGCCAACACAAAAGCCCACAUCAUCUCUCCAUCAUUUUUUCUAAAACCCCCUCAUUCUUCUACCUUCUUCCCUCCCAGAACAGAGGAAUUGAAAAAAUCACUUCUUUCUUAUUUGCUCUGCAUUAAAGUCACCUCCUCUUCUUCUCCGAUAUUUGAUUGUUUUCUUUUCUUCACAGAACACGAGAAUCUCGUCCCCAUUUCAUUUUUUUUUCCAAUUUGUUUACUUAGUUCAUCGGAUCCAACGCCAACGUACGCCCUUUUCAAUUUUCAAUUCCGUUGUUCCAAUUUCAGCACUCUGUUCCUUCUGCAUUGCCGGAAAUAUUCAAGAAUCUUCCAGAUAGCCGGUCCGGUGGGCGGCGGCAGAGUCUUCCUCCUCUAAGAGGAGAAGAAAAACAGGUGUAAAGCAAGCAACAAAAAGGAAGAUGCCCCAAGAAAGCAGCAAUUCUGAGAGUAAUCAUUCCACAUUGUUCUCACCAAACAAGAACUUGAGAGGAUUAAAAGGGUUGGUCUACAACAGCAACAACAGUAAUGAUGAUGCAGUUUAUGCAGAGGAAAUCAUCAGUGAUCGCGAAUUGGCCCAGAGAAAAGCCGGAGAAGCAGCUGCCAGGAGAUACGAGGCAUCAGCAUGGCUAAGGAAAAUGGACCAAGGUGCAUCCGAAGUACUGCCAAAAGAACCCACAGAAGCAGAAUUUUGUCUGGCACUCCGCAAUGGCCUUAUUCUCUGCAAUGUCCUUAACAAAGUCAAUCCUGGCGCUGUUCACAAGGUAGUUGAAACCCGGGUGAUCGAUGAGGAAUUCACAGAGGGAGCAGCUCAGUCUGCUAUUCAGUAUUUUGAGAACACCAGGAACUUCCUUGUGGCUGUUGGAGACAUGAAACUGUUAACCUUUGAAGCCUCUGAUCUUGAAAAGGGAGGUUCAUCAGGGAAGGUUGUAGAUUGCAUUCUGUGUUUGAAAGGUUAUUACGAGUGGAAACAAGCCGGUGGAGUUGGAGUUUGGAGAUAUGGUGGAACAGUUAGAAUUGUAUCUUUUCCAAAGGGAUCAUCACCGCCUUCUUCUUUUGGAUGCAGUGAAUUGACAGAUGAUUCAGUGGAUGAAUCUGAAUCAUCACAAUAUGAACAGUUACUUGAGUAUUUGAAUUUGUCAAAUGAGGUCUCACUCGAGGAAUCCAAUGCUGCAAAUGCUCUUACCUUACUGUUUGAUCGCGUUGGUCUUAGCCUUCUGCAGGCUUACCUUACUGAACUUGCCGCAGCAGAUGAGUUGCCUUUGAAUUCAAUGGUUAUUGAUUUUCUGAUGAGGAAGUUGGUGAAGGAUUUCUCCUCUUUGCUGGUAUCUCAAAGCAAUCAGCUUGGACUUGUUCUCAAGAAUAUUUUGAGCAGUGACUGCAUUCCGCAAUCCAAAUCCGAACUCAUAGAAAUCAUUAUUAGAUACCUAGUUCAAAGGAGUAACGUGGCGUCAAGGGAUCUCUCAAAAUCUUGCAUUUGUGGUGGUAAACUAGAAGGUUUUCCUCAAAGGAAUGUUUCCUCCAUUGGUGAUGUAGAAGCUCUUGAUGCGCAACAAAGAGAACUGGAGGAGCUCAAAGUCUUUUCCACAAAAACUAAACAAGAGUUUCAGCAGUUUCGGGAAGGAUGUGAAGCGGAAUUCAAAAGGCUUGAGUAUUACAUUAAGGGCCUUGAAGUGGCUGCUUCAUCCUAUCAUAAGGUCGUGGAAGAGAAUCGUGCACUUUACAAUCAAGUACAAGAUCUAAAAGGGACAAUUAGAGUUUAUUGCAGAGUCAGACCUUUUCUACCUGGACAAUCAGAUGAACGCUCCACGGUUGAUUAUGUUGGAGAAAAUGGAGAUAUCAUGAUAGCCAAUCCUUAUAAACAGGGUAAAGAUGCAAGAAGGAUUUUCACUUUUAACAAAGUGUUCAACACAAAUGCCUCGCAAGGACAAAUAUACAUGGACACACAACCACUUGUCAGAUCUGUCCUUGAUGGUUAUAAUGUCUGUAUUUUCGCCUAUGGACAAACUGGCUCAGGAAAGACAUACACAAUGAGUGGCCCUGACUUGAUAACAGAGGAGACAUGGGGUGUAAAUUAUCGUGCUCUGCGAGACCUAUUUCAGAUCUCAAAAGAAAGAACAGAAAUGAUUGAGUAUGAAGUUGGAGUCCAAAUGAUUGAGAUAUACAAUGAACAAGUAAGAGAUCUGUUGGUCAUCGAUGGAACAAAUAGGAGGUUAGAUAUAAGAAAUAACUCUCAACUCAACGGUCUAAAUGUGCCCGAUGCAAGCUUGGUUCCAGUCAAAUGUACUCAAGAUGUUCUUGAUCUGAUGAAAAUCGGACAAAAGAAUCGUGCUGUAGGUGCUACUGCUCUGAAUGAACGUAGUAGCAGAUCACACAGCAUAUUAACAGUUCAUGUUCGAGGAAAAGAUUUGGUUUCCGGGUCCACAUUGAAGGGUUGCCUUCACUUAGUUGAUUUAGCUGGAAGCGAAAGAGUGGAUAAAUCUGAAGCAGUUGGGGAAAGACUAAAGGAAGCUCAAAACAUCAACAGAUCGCUCUCGGCACUUGGAGAUGUUAUUUCUGCUCUUGCUCAAAAGAGUACCCAUAUUCCUUACAGAAAUAGCAAGCUGACUCAAGUGUUACAGGAUUCUUUAGGGGGUCACGCAAAGACACUGAUGUUUGUGCAUAUAAAUCCAGCUGUUAAUGCUUUGGGAGAGACAAUUAGCACUCUGAAAUUUGCUGAGAGAGUAGCGUCUAUAAAUCUCGGAGCAGCACGAAGCAAUAAGGAAAGCAAGGAAAUCAUAGAAUUCAAAGAUGAGAUAUCAAAUCUGAAAUUGGCACUUGAGAAAAAAGAUAGUGAACUGCUACAGUUGAAAAGUAGCGGAGCUAAUACAAGAAAUGCAGUGUCACCUUUUCGUUUUCCAAAAUCGAAUAAUAACAAUGCCAGCUUGAAGACUGAAACCAACCAGCGGACGACUGAUGAGGUUCAAAUCUCAGAGGUCCGAAGCUGUUCUUCAGGCAAGCAGAGAAGGUCGCGAUUACCAGCUAAGUUUAGUGAUAACAAGGAUACAAUGCCAAAAAUUCCUUUCCUAAAUGAAGAGAGAGGACCUUACAAGGCAAGAUCACCGUCACCUCCAGUUAGAAGAUCAAUAUCGACCGACAGAGGUGCCCUCGCCAGAAGUAGGAUUAAGCCCGAGACAACGCUUGAUAAUAAUCCGCCAGCCAUGACGAGAAUGCCCUUUCCAGCAGCAAGAAUCCCCACCAAUAAAUCCAUGGCAGCUAUACCAUCAUCAGCUGCUGUUACCUCAACUGAUAAUAACAAUACACGAGCAUCACAGGCUUCUUCUCAGGAGCCCCUUAAGAUGAAUAACAUCUCUGAAACCUUGUACAGCUUGCAAAGGAUCACCAGCAGAAAAGAUCAUCACCAAGAACACGAUGAGGAGCAGUUUAAACAAGCGCUAAAUGUCAGACAAGGAGGUAUUCGGAAAACUAAAGCUGAGAGUAAGGUAGUUAAGACAAAGAAUCAACAACAGAUGAUGGCUAAAAGUACUAACAAGUCUGACAUUGGUAUGACAUUGCUGAGGGAAAUGGAUAAAAGCGAAAAAACAACAGAAGAAGCACAAAAAAAUGAUUUUUCUCAAGCAGAAAAUGAGCAUGUGGUCUCACCAGUUUAUGGUUAUGCUGCCACAAGGUUGAAGAAAUUUCAAAGCAACUUCUCAAGGAAUUCUCAAAAUGUUGAACCAAGGGAACUGGCACGAGCGACUGAAUCCACAUUCAUGGGAAGACAAGAAAGCAAAGCUUCCAAUGUGACAUUUCACAAUGUCAAGGAAGCAAGCAACUCAUCAUCAUCAUCAUCAUUUGCAGAAUUAAGAAGGAGCCGAUCUACGCCCCGAGGAAAGUUUAUGAUUUUUCCUUGAAUCUCUUGUACAGCCAGCCUUUUUUUUUUAAUUAUUUUAAUCUUUAUGUCUAGUAUCUGAGUUGUUCUUAGCAAACAUAAAAAGUUGCAUUUAUCGGUGAUUGGCCAUUUUUAGGUAAGUGUUGUACCGGCCUCCCAGAACUGUAUUGAGUUAAUGGACUUCAGAUGGUCCAUCUAAUCAAACUUUAUAAACUUCGUACACAGAUAUAUUUUCUCAAUGUGGGACAGUGGAGAAUUUUUCAUGCUAAAUAUUGUACUCAUCAUUUAUCGAUCCUGAUUGCCUUUUAGGCAUCAAUCUUUCAGAGGUUAAAUUCAAAAGACAAGUGAGAGGCUUUAG